AUGAAUGGAGGCAGAUUUGACUUUGACGACGGCGGAACCUACGUAGGCGGAUGGGAAGAGGGCAAGGCGCACGGUCACGGCGUCUGUACCGGUCCACAGGCGAAAGGAGAGUACGCGGGCGCGUGGCACUACGGAUUCGAGGUGUCCGGAGUGUACACGUGGCCCUCCGGUAACACCUAUCAAGGACAGUGGCAGAACGGAAAACGGCACGGAUUGGGCGUGGAACAGCGGGGGAGAUGGCUGUACAAGUGAGUUGUUUCCGUCCUUCGAGAUGUUGAAAGAACGAUUUCAGGGGAGAAUGGACUCAAGGAUAUAAAGGACGGUACGGAGUGAGACAAUCGGCGAACUCGCAGGCCAGGUAUCAGGGCACCUGGUCGGCAGGAUUUCACGAUGGAUACGGAACGGAAAUUUACGUGGACUCGGGUGAGUAAGACAAGCACUCAGUGAGAAGUGGACGCGCCUUUGCCGCCACGUCACAUAAAUAUUUGCACACUUACGGUCGGAUGUGAUAGAUCAAAUGUUGCAGGAAGUUAUCAAGGUCAAUGGCUUCGAGGAAUGCGGCACGGUUAUGGAGUCAGGAAAAGUGCCACGUACGUAGCAGCCGCGAAGUUCCGAUCGAAAUCGCAGACGCAUGCAUCGUUAACGAGUCUGAGGAGUGGAAGAGUGGAAGAGGAGAAUGCAGAGGAACAUAGGCAUAGUAAGGGAAACUUCUGGGAGGAGAGAAAUGAACAUUUGAACUUUAGAAGAAGGACUGUCCGGACGAGGAGGCUUUGUGCUACGUGCCAACUCAGCAGCUCCGCAGCGACGACGAAGAUCCCUUUCGGAACGGAGUCUUGCUGUCAAACGAACGCUUUUGUCCGGAUUACGGAUCAAGAAACAACAUUCGACUGGAGACAUCCAUCAGAGAGUGGCUUCAAUGACAGGAAGCCUUCGAUCGAGUGGGUCCACGAUGAGUUGCACUUCGGAAGAUUCUCUUCAUCAUCACGGCCUCCAACAACCAGAAGAAGAGCCUGUUGAAGAAGCAGCCGUUGAAACUUACAUGGGUGAAUGGAAGAAUGACAUGCGAAGCGGAUUUGGAAUCUGCGAAAGAAGUGACGGAUUGAAGUGAGUGAUCAGACUUUGGAGAACCAUUAUAAACGAACUGAUGUUUAGGUACCAAGGAGAAUGGGCGAACAACGCAAAGUGUGGCUUCGGAGUGACGACGUUCAAAGACGGAACGAAAGAAGAAGGUCGAUACAAGAACAACAUCCUGAUCGCUUCUUCGCGACGGAAAGGAGUCAUCUUCAUGCGUGCCUCCAAGUUCCGCGAUAAAAUCGAACAGGCGAUUGAAGCGGCGAAGAGAGCGGCCAGCAUCGCCCAUCAGAAGGCAGACAUCGCUGCGAGCAGGACGUCGACGGCGAAGGAAAGGAGCGAAAGUGCCGCGUUCCUGGCCAGACAAGCGUGCGAAGACUCCGAACUGGCAAGAAUCCACGCGAAACAGUUCGACCCGAGCUUCAAACAGCCGGGAACCCGCCGUCUUCUGAAGGACAACAACGGCGGAGAGUCGUUCGGAACUGAUCUCUCGGACGCGAUUUCGUACUCGAGACAUAUUCCGUCGCGUCAGCACAGCAAACAACAUUCCUUCGAGCAGGUAAUCAAUUCGUUCUCCUCCGCAUCCGUACUGUAUAAGAGUGUUUCAGACGCUUUCCGUUGACAUGGCUGAUGACAUGACACCUCCGUCGAAGCAUUCCGCUUCUUAUCACAACCACGCCCCCAAUACCAACCACGUAGGAUUCCAUAAUCCGUACGGCUACCCAGAACCCUCUUCGUCGCAACUUCAGACGCCCAUCGACUCCCAUGAUCUCUCCCAUUCCUCCAAUCGCAUUCCAAACGCAAAUGUAGCCAUUGCCUUCGUAACCGCUCAGUCUUAUCAAUAUUUAAUUCAGGAUCACCUUAUUCCUUCCGUUUCUGUCGUUCAGGAAGAGGAGAAGCCUCUGGUCCUGCAGCAGCAGUCGCAUCUGCAGACAUCUCAGCCGGGCCCUUCCAAUCUGAACGCACAGCCACCGAACGUGAUGUCGUCGAGGUUCUCAUUGAGGUGAGUGGAGCAUCUGGAGCACGUCCAUCUGGAGCCAUUAACUCGUUUGCAGCGACGAUCAUUACGAUCAAUAUGUGAUGGCUGGCGGAAGCAACAGCCAACAGCAGCAGCAGCAGCAAAAGCUGCGACGCAAUCGGCCAUCGCUCAUGAGACAGGCGGAUGUCAACGAGUCUUGUGUACGUUUCUUCGCCGCGAGUCGAGUAGAAGAAGAGUGUUCAUCUUCUACUGCUGUCUCGUUACGCUCAUCCGCUUCCUCCCUCACACGUAUUAGUCGUUGUAAAGUAGGCGAGAGAGCGGAAGAGCCCCCGGAGACGUAGGCAACGAUGAAAUCGAUUUCAGACUGGUGGAGGCGCUGCGAGCGGGCUCAAUCGGAGGUCGACUCUUGCCUCGGCACGAGAUCGAAACGGCGAUGCCAACCAUCCGGGGGCCAUCGGAGCCGCGCACGCGGCAAAGCUGCAAUCGGCAGCCGGAGACGGAGAUAACAUGGGAAGUCUGCCGAACCUCGCCGAACUUGAAACUCAAGGGGUAUUGACUAUUCUGAAGGAACACGAAUGCGAAGUCUGAAUGAUUCCAGGUGCGGAUGAGGAGAGAAGAAGCGGCCCGUCUCGCCGGACAACGUCGACAAGAGGUGCUCCGCGAGCAGGACGAAGCCGCUCUCCUCCGAGCGAAUCCGCUCCGACACUUUCUGCAGCCAGCUUUCAGAGUGAGUCGAAAGAUCAUUUUAAUGAAUGACAUCUGCAGCGAAAUCUCACAAAUUCCUCGUUUCGCCGUAAUUUUUACAACGCAGAAAAGUUUACAUAAGUGUUUUUCUGCUCUCUCUCUCUCUCUCUCUCUCCCUCUUUCCACUUUUCACAUAAAUCUUGCAGGCGUGGCUGGUGCGUUGGCGCAUUCCGAUCCUUCUGGCAAUUGCGAACAUUUCGUUGCUCAUGCUCUUCUAUCAUCUGCUCACUUACGAGAAGAAGAAGAAGUCUUCUUCGUAG